UGAAUUAUCUUUCCUUAAUUUGAUAUUUUUCUGACGCGAUUGUCAAUGUCAAAUAGUUUCGAUUUUGUCUCCAUUUUCUAUAUUUUUUAUUACUUGUAUGAGUAUAUAUAUGGUGAUAAUAACGACCUAAUAAUGACAAUCGAUGAAAAUUUAUUACUCUUGUUAAUUUUAAUUUUCUCCUGGGUUGAAUAUGCUUGGGAAUUAUAUCUUUCUUUGCGGCAGCUGAUGAUAUACAAGACGAACAAUACUAUUCCAGAAGAUUUAAAAGAAAUGCUCAAUGAAGAAUCAUUUAAAAAGGCCCGGCUAUAUGGAAUUGAUAAAUCACAAUACAAAAUUGUAAAAGAAUUUUAUAGUAUAUCCUUAACAUCAUUUAUUCUAUAUAAUAGAUGGAUUUCUGCAGCAUGGCAAAAAUCAGAAGAUAUUGCAGCCUUUUUUAAUAUCAGUCCAAGUCAAGAAAUCUUAAUAAGUUGUGUCUUUAUGACAUUUGUUACUUUAUUCAAUUUUGUUGUAAAUAUGCCAUUUUCUAUUUACGAGAUAUUUGUUCUUGAAGAAAAACAUGGAUUCAAUAAGCAGACCAUUGGAUUCUUCAUAAAAGAUCAGUUAAAAUCACUUGUGCUUAGUCUUGUUAUCACAUUACCUAUUGUCUCUAUUGCUAUAUUUAUUAUUAUGCUUGGCGGAAACAUGUUUGUAGUUUGGUUGUGGCUAUUCACAACUGUAACUACAUUGAUAUUAUUAACUCUUUAUCCCUCAGUAAUUGCACCAUUAUUCGAUAAAUUUGUUCCAUUACCUGAUGGCACUUUAAGGAAAGGUAUUGAGAAUCUAGCAUCAAGACUCAAUUUUCCACUAUCUCAGGUUUACAUAGUAGAAGGAUCGAAGCGAUCAGCACACAGUAAUGCCUAUUUCAGUGGACUAUUUGGUGCUAAAAGAAUAGUCUUAUUCGAUACAUUGCUUGAAAAACAUGAUGAAGUUAAGAAAGUUACUACGGGGUGCACUGAAAAUGAAAUCCUUGGUGUUUUGGCUCAUGAAUUAGGUCACUGGAAGUGUAGUCAUAUUUAUAAGUCUAUUGUACUCACUGAAGUAAAUCUUCUACUUCUUUUUACAGCAUUCGGGCUACUCUUCAAAUAUUCAUUGCUGUACACCUCUUUAGGAUUUCCGUCUGGACAAGAGCCAGUAAUCAUAGGGCUAAUAGUAGUAUUGCAACUUAUUCUUGCACCCUACAACUCUCUAUUAUCCUUCUUUGCAACGGCUUUAUCAAGGAAAUUUGAGUUUGAAGCAGAUAACUUUGCAGUUGGUUUAGAUUAUCCUAUGGAGCUGAGAUCAGCUCUUAUUAAAUUAGGCAAGGAUAAUUUAGACUACCCCAUUUAUGAUAAACUUUACUCAGCAUGGUAUCAUUCUCAUCCAACUUUGUUGCACAGAAUUGAAAAUAUCAAAAGUCAAAUUUCUAAUAAGAAAGAUGAUUAAAUAAUCCAAAUACAUUCUAUCAUACAGUACAAUUACUUUUAAUAUCUAUUUUAAGCAUUUAAUAAAGUAGUUUUAUAUGCAAUGCAUUUGUAUCAUAUUAAUAUAAUAAUAGGUCACAGAAGGAUUUGUAAAUUUUAUACAAAUAAAAUUCUUGUAUAGAUGUCAAAAUUAUAGAGUUAAGUUAAAUUUUGUAAAACCAUUACCUGUAAUAAUUUACUUAAAUGCAUUUAAAAUGUUGCACACCAAAUUACUAUUUAUUAUUUGAAGAUA